UUUUAUUAAAAUUUAAAAAAAAAAUUUCUAUUAAAUAUUGAAAAAAAAAAAUGAAAAAAAUAAUACACAAAACAAAUAAAAUAUAUAUAAAUAAUAAAAUAAAACAUGGGGAAUUUACAAUCACAAUACAGGUCGAGAAAUAUUUCACCAAAGAAAUGAUGCAAAUGAUCCAAAAUGUAAACCCUGAUAAUACUAUGGAUUUCUCGUCUAUUAGUUUUCAAGAUAUAUAUAAUAAAAAAAUGCAUAUAGUAACAAGAGUAGAUAAUGAGAUUGUAGCAUACCAUCAGCUCAUUGAUGCCCGCCAUUGUUUGCUUAAAGAUGUUCUAUCGCGUAUAAAAAUUUCAAAUGAUGAAAAAGAAAACUACAAUGUAUUAUUAUAUAACUUUUCCUGUGUAAAUCCAAGAUAUAGAAACGGAAAUCUAUUUUGUUUUUUAAAUUAUAUAGUUGCUUAUAAAUAUGCUAUUGAAAAUGACUUUAGUUUUAUUUCACAAUUUGUAAGAGUGAAUUCAACACUAAUUAAAUCGAUUUCUGAAAAAAAUGGUUUGAAGAAAAUUGUGCCAUCGUCAUUUAGAAUUAAAGAUUGCUGGGACUCCUAUUACUCAAAUAUUGACGUUCAUUUAUAUUUAAGUGACAAUUUAAAAAAAAAUCCCACUCUUUCCACCUACACAAUUAAUAAUUUAUUAAAUUUAGCCCUAUUUAAUGAUAGAAAUAAUUUUUUUAAUUUAUUAAACAAAAAUUUAUUAUUUAAUCAGGGAAAAUUAUAAUUUUAAAAAAAUAAAAAAAUAAAAAAUAAAAAAUAAAAAUUAUUUGAAAUUUUCGAAUUAUCU